UAAAGUAGAUCAACAGAUCCACCUAGAAACGAAGCAGACUGCGCAUCUGUGAAAGGCAUAGUUCGUGAGCAACCCUGCCCAGACCAUCCCCUAAAACGGUGUUCCUCGUGUCGCACCCUAAUAAUCAAGUUCGAGCAUCACCCAUUGCUUCGACCGAACACGAACAUCUCGUAAACGAUUAGAAGAAAGAUUGAACGAAUAAGGGACAUACUUUGUGGAUAAUAAAUAAGGUCGAGUGAAAGGGUUGUUAAUUAAUAAGACGAUCAUGGAACAGGGUGUGUAUCGAUGGAUCGGGCGGCAAGAAAGGAAAUGCAUUUACUGGCGAGCGUCUGCGUGCUCAUAUUGAUCUGUGGCGGUGGCUGUGCAGUGUCUACGGGUGGGACACCUGAAGAAACCUGUCAAAAAUGCAUCUUUGUUUGCGACUCACGCGUUACAUCCUAAUCUCCACGGUAUUUUGCAUCGGUCUCUGUUCCGAGGAUGAGGAGAGGUUGGUGCGAGAUCUGUUCAGAGGGUACAAUAAACUCAUCAGACCUGUGCAGAAUAUGACGGAGAAGGUGCACGUGAAUUUUGGACUCGCUUUUGUCCAGCUAAUCAACGUGAAUGAAAAGAAUCAGAUUAUGAAGUCGAACGUGUGGCUGAGAUUCACCUGGACGGAUUAUCAAUUGCAAUGGGACGAAGCAGACUAUGGAGGAAUAGGAGUCCUUAGGUUACCACCGGAUAAAGUAUGGAAACCGGAUAUAGUACUGUUUAACAACGCUGACGGCAAUUACGAGGUACGGUACAAGAGCAACGUCCUGAUCUAUCCAAAUGGCGAAGUGCUUUGGGUGCCUCCAGCAAUCUACCAGAGUUCCUGUACCAUCGACGUGACGUACUUCCCCUUCGACCAACAGACCUGCAUCAUGAAGUUCGGAUCGUGGACAUUCAACGGGGACCAAGUAUCUCUGGCUCUGUACAACAACAAGAAUUUCGUCGACCUGUCAGAUUAUUGGAAAAGUGGCACCUGGGACAUCAUCAACGUCCCAGCAUACUUGAACAUCUACAAAGGUGAAUUCCCAACGGAAACUGACAUCACCUUCUACAUCAUCAUCAGACGCAAGACACUGUUCUACACGGUGAAUCUGAUCCUUCCCACGGUUCUAAUCUCGUUCCUCUGCGUGCUGGUCUUUUAUCUUCCCGCGGAGGCUGGCGAGAAAGUGACCCUUGGUAUCAGCAUUCUUCUGUCGCUGGUUGUCUUCCUGUUGCUCGUCAGCAAGAUUUUACCACCCACCUCUCUGGUACUUCCGUUGAUCGCUAAGUAUCUCCUGUUCACCUUCAUCAUGAACACUGUCAGCAUCCUGGUGACCGUGAUCAUCAUCAACUGGAACUUCCGUGGCCCUAGAACACACAGAAUGCCACAAUUGAUUAGAAAGAUAUUCCUCAAGUGUCUGCCGACUAUACUGCUGAUGAGAAGACCGAAGAAGACCCGUCUCAGGUGGAUGAUGGAAAUUCCAAACGCCACAUUGCCGACUUCCACAUAUUCUGGCAGCCCCACAGAGCUACCUAAACAUCUGCCAACAUCGUUGACCAAGCCGAAGAUGGAGAUGAUGGAAUUGUCCGAUCUUCAUCAUCCGAAUUGUAACAUCAGUAGAAAGGUUCAUCAUACCACCAGUGGGUCAAGUGCAGCUGGUGGUGAAGGUUUGACUGACAGAAGGGGAUCUGAGAGCUCGGACUCUGUGCUACUUAGCCCUGAGGCUAGCAAGGCUACCGAGGCUGUUGAAUUCAUUGCUGAACAUUUGAGAAACGAGGAUUUGUACAUACAGACAAGAGAGGAUUGGAAAUACGUAGCGAUGGUAAUCGAUCGACUGCAGCUUUACAUUUUCUUCAUCGUGACAACUGCGGGUACCAUCGGGAUCCUGAUGGACGCGCCUCAUAUUUUCGAGUACGUGGACCAGGAUCGUAUAAUAGAGAUCUAUCGUGGCAAAUAAUUCCAUUACAAUCUAGCAAAUUACAAAUGACGUGCCAUCGUCGCCAUAAUUUACGUUCGAUUUAAUUCUAUCAUUUUUAUAACAAUCAAACGCUUAACGCAACAUCAAUUUAAAAACAUUGAAUUUCGUAAACGUUACUUCACAUUAAGAAUUAUUCAUUUGUGGACAAUCGUUUAUUCAAAAAGUUCCAGAAAACAUUUAAAUAAGUCUUCUAUGAUAACUUAAUAUUAUUCAUUCGUUUCUUCCAAUUAAACAUAUCCUUUCAUUUUUUUUUUUAUCAAACAGAGAAGAGUCAUGAAUUAAUAUCAUGAAAGUCAAAAAAACGCUCAGAAUUCCAUCGAUAUUUUAUAAAAAUCAAUCUUUCUAUCGAAGAAAGAUUAUCAACGAUAAGAAAAAUAGACAAAUCGUGUUCACGAAUUUGCCAAGGAACGAAGUUCAAUGCGUCAGAGCGUAUUAAUUAGACUAAUUAAAUUGAACGUUAGAACAUUAUUGAUUUAUUAAAUUCCAAUUUCUAUUAUAUAUUAAUUACGAGUGAAAUUAUAUCACGUAAUGUUCAGUAAUUUUUGAGAAAAAAAAAAGUUGUCGACGAAAAGCGACAGGCAUGGGUUCCCAGAUAUUUUAAUUAUUGUUAGAAUUAAUCAUUGAUUGUCUUCCUUGGAAAUCUUCAUCACGAGCAUGCUGAAGUGAGUGCGGAUUAAAGUCAACGUUAAAAAUGAUUUAACGUUUCAUUGAUAUUGGUCAUUCUUAGAUUGAGCAAUCGUUUAAUCGGGAUUAAGGAUAAACAUAGAGCGUUAGACAUCAAAUGAUUUUGAUAUCAAUACCGUUGCCGUUCUAUUAUAAUCUGGCAGGACUCGUGUAUGAUAACUUAUCGCGAUGCAACAUCGAAGGGUCGUGAUUGGAUUUUUCUACUCCAUCUCGAUCAUCUAUCCUCGGUUGGUUUGGGAAAAAUUAGAACAAUUUAAUUCUAAUUAAUUUAACCAUAUUUAACGCUUUCCGACUCGAUUGUCUUCUAAGCACAAACCUAAUUAAAUUCAAUUACAGCUAAAAAUUCUAUCCUUUAAUUUAAUAUUAUUUAUAAAAUAUCCAAACUAACAUCUAGAAAUCAAUUAAAGAAAAACUUUCAAACGUUUUUCAUUUGCAAAUUGAAAAAUUGAAUAAAAUAUUUCUGGUCAUCUAAUUUUUCCCAAAUUUUUCGGUUCCUCAAACUUGAAGAGGAAUUUCAAACAGAAUCGUGAAACCUGCUAACGACACUGCAGAAGCGCACAUUAGAAGCACAACGUCACGGCCCUGCGUACUUAAUCGUUAUACAUUAUAUAGGAAAAAAAAAGAUAAGGAACUGUGUAUCGUGCGUCUUACACACACACACACAUACACGAACAUACACACAUAUACACACACACAAAGUAAAUAUGAUAUUCACGCAACAUGUAUAUUGUACAGAUGAUUGUUGAAACGGUCAUGUUUUCUCUAAUAGAAAGUUUGCUCCAUUUGCGAAGAGUAUUUAAUGGUUGUCGAAAAAAAAAUAAUAAUAAUAAUAAUAACGAACGUUGAUUUUUCUCAUGAGUAUUGCCUACAGUUGUGCCUCGCGAUAUCAGCCCGAUUGUUACAUGUGAUGUUAAUGUAUGUUAUAACACGUAUACGAGCCACGAUUUUAUUUCGCGAAACUGCAAAAGCGCAGCAAACACUCAAAAGUCACGCUCAACAUCGAUUUUCUUUUCUGAAAUUGAUAUCUCAUUUUAUAUCGAUACAUUGCAUUGCACUAGAAGAGAUACUUUAAUCAUUUGCGAUUAUGUUGAUUAGACAAUUAAUUAGCAAUUUGUGUAAAAAUUUUAAAGACUAUGAAUGGUAACUUUGCUUUUGAAAUCAUUCAUAAAUACCAAAUAUCCUUUGAAUUACAAUUACAAAUUAAUUUAAUUAAACUUAUAAAAAAUAGCUAUUUAAUUAUUAUAAUUAAAAAUAAUUUUAAUUACUUAAUUAAAAAUAAUUUGAAUCAGUAGAAUACACUUGUGAUACAAAAUCGCAAAUGGUUAAAAUAAUAAUUGCAUGUCAUUUUGAUAAUUUUAUAUACUUAACGAUGAAGAUGUAAAAACCUGAACUUCAAACACUCUGAAUCUCUACCACAGCUAAUGUACGAAACGUGUUUGACGGAAAGGUUCAGGUGAAACACAAAGGACGAACUAUAUAAAAAGUGAACUAAUGAAGAAACGAAAAAUUCAUCGUUAAACGCGAUUUAUUGUCCUCCAUGCUUGUAUGGAAAGUUGAUGUGCAUGAGUAUCGCUCGUGGGUUCGAAUUAAGACAGAGUGACACGUGUCUUCCUUGAACGAGAUACAAUAACUAGAAUUUAGUCCCCGAGAAUGAUGUAAUUAGAUGAUGCUUAUUAAUUUCUAUACAUUUUACUUCCAUAUAUUUUAUAGCGUUGUUCACUCGUGAAUGUGAGAUGGGAAUGCCUGUGUAUGAGAAUCAUAAUGAGACGAUUUUAAAAUGCCAUUUUAUGCGCCACGUGCAAUUGAGGAUGUCAGUUCGAUAAUUAUCAUUUUUUCUUUUAAUUAACACGUUGACUACCAUAAGUGGGUGACACUUGAAUUUCCAUAGGUAAUACAUCGCCUAUAUUAUUAAAAUCCUUUGACUCAUCAAAUUAGAGAUAAUCAUAUUAGAUAAUUGAAAAUAAAAUAGAUAAAAAUAUUAAUUAAUACAAUUUUCAUUAGCUUCAGAGUGGCAGUGAACGUGUUAAAGAACGUUUGCUCAAAUUCUCCAUAUUGCAGGGUAUUUUGAAAAAAAAAAAAAAAAUGAAUCAAAAUUUCUUGAUACAAUGAAAAAUUUUUAACAACUGGCAUCUUCGAUUAACCCUAGAAUAUUAACGCAAGCAAUUUUCACGUCCUUUACCUUUUUUAUCCUUUUUCGAGAAGUAUUAAACGUCUGAUUCGACGAUAAUCGUUUAAGUUUUAACAAUGUAACAAAUAUUAUAUAUAGAUAUAUAUAUACAUUUAUAAUUAUUAUAAAUGAUAGUAAUAAUAAAUGCGACUGUUAAAAAACACGUGAAUAUGAAAUAUUCUAGGGUUAAUGUCACUUUUACAGUAUAUUAUAGUAUAUAACAAUUAGAAAGUCAACGACAACAUUGUCAUAUAUUAUUUAUUAAAUUCUUUAUCAAUUACGAAGGUUUCGUUAUUAUUUUAUUUGAUUGAGAUUCUCUCAUUGAUUCUCACGUACAGAUAUCGAAAGCUUGUUUCUAUUUUAGCUGUAAACGUAGUUAACAAAUUCGAAUCGAAUAAGUUAGAUCGUUUUAUCAGCGUUACAACAAUCAAACGAACGUGUUGAAAAAUUGUCGCACAAACAAGCGUGAAUAACGCCAGUCGAUGGAAAGCUUUAAUGAAUCACUGAUUUCUUCCACUUGAACAAUUACAGAAACGUUACAUCACUGAAUUUCAACACUUAAUCGCUUUUAUUCAGAAUUUCAUCCUGACUUUAUACUUUAAAGCAGAGUGGGCCAUUAUUUACGAUAAUUAAUAAUAUUUCAUUUGAAUGAUCUUCGAAUAAAAAAUUAUUUAUUAUUCGUAAAUAUGCCUAGUUCUAUUUUAAAAUACCUCAUAACUAAUCUAUUCUAAUACUUUCUGUCGAACUAACAUCUUUUAAAAUUAAUAAUUGAAAAAUAAAUGAUGUAUUAUCGAAAAUUGCGAAACACUAAUAUUGCCAAAUGAUUAAAAAUGAUGAACAAUCAUUGUAGAAAAAAUUUUUGGAAAAGAUAUUCAAUGAUGAACGUUCAAAAGAAGGGAAAAUGAAGAAAAUUGUUAAAUUUCAAACGAAACUAUGGUUGAAUCUACUAGAGAAAAGGAUGAUCGUACUAGCGAAUGUACAUUAGCUAAUGAUUACGUAAAUACGAAAGAAGGAAGAAAAUAUGAAAUAAGAAAUAUUGUUGAGCCGAACAUUUGUACUUUAUUAUGCAUGAGAAAUGCCGCGAAUAUGUUCAUGCGAUGAAAAAAAAAAAUUGAUUUCUCAUUAAUAGACGUAAUGUUAAGAUAGAUUUAUAGGUAGUU